UCGGCCAAUGGGGAUCGAGCUUCCAAACGAAUUUAGGCUCCCGGCGUCCCUCGUUAGAAACCAACAUGGCGGAGCAGCAGAAAGAGAGCACAGGACCAACGGGGAGUGAAAGUGACACAGGGGACGGAGAAUUUGAGCCUACGGCAGAAAUGCUAGUAGAUGAUUUCGAUGAUGAAAGAACGCUAGAUGAAGAGGAGGAUAUGGAAGAGGGUAGUGAUAGGGAGGAAGAGAUCGAUACCCUGCAGAAGGAACAGGACAUGCCCAUAGAGCAGUUGCUAGCCAUGUAUGGGGGAUAUCCACCAACUGAAGAACAAGCGAAUGGUGAGGGAGAAGCCAUUCAGGCAGAAAACGAGAACGAGAACAGUAAUGAAGUAGAAAUCGAGAAUGUCGUCGAAGCAGAAAACGAAGUGGAAGAGCAGGAGGAACCCGAAGUUAUAUCGUCGCGGUCCUCCACCUCAGAGGAAAAUGUAAAUAAUCAUGAUAAGGGACCCAAUGGUGCCCCCACAACUCCUCUCACGUCACAAAGAUUUGAGAAUGCUGCUGCAGCCACCCCCCUCCUGGGUCUCAGGGCGUUGCUGCCAUUUCCUCUUGGGAAACACGUUCGAGAUGAUGAGCAGGCUUUGUAUUUGUUACUACAGUGCGGGUAUAAUGUAGAAGAAGCUUUAAGGCGGCACAGAAUGAACCCCACCCCACUCGCCUCCACAAUGACUCUCUGGUCUGAAGAGGAGUGUAGAAAUUUCGAAAAUGGCCUUAAAACAUAUGGUGCGAACGAGAUCUGUUGGUGAGUUAGUCCAGUUUUAUUACCUCUGGAAGAAGACUGAAAGACAUGACUUGUUCGCAACAAAAACUAGAAUUGAAAAGAAGAAAUAUAUAGUUCAUCCUGGCACUACUGACUACAUGGACCGGUUCCUUGAUGAGGGAGAGGGAGGUGGAGUUCCAGCGUCGUGGCGUGACAAUCGUUCCUCAUCUCCCAGUCUUCAUGCCCUGCUGUAUGGAAAGCCUCCUCCAGGAAGCAAUGCAGCUUCAGUGGGAGCUGGAGGAGGGAACUCUGUAGCCUCUGCUCCUACAGCACAGCCCACCCCACCCACUUCAACAGCAGAGGCUAAUCUCAGCAACAGCAGCACUACCACCAAGAAAGAUGGUGAGCCAGCAGUUAUUUAUCAACUCAACCAAAUGGAAGAUUUAGCCCGUCACCUAGACAGUGAUUCGCUUGAGUCUUUAGCCAAAAUGACUUCGUCAAAUGCCUCAGUAUCUAUUGCCAAAUCUGGCAAGAGAACCAGUAGUCCACGUCCUAUGGACGUGGAUCUCUCUAUAUCACGUACCUCUGUGUUAAACUCUCAACCAAUUAGUGCAGAGGCUAAAAAUAUAGCAAAGGCAGAAACUGUUGCACAGUGAAAUAUAGUGUAUACCUUUUUUAUGAGUGUGUGUUGUGGUGGUUGUGAACAAGUGUUCGGUUACCAGUGCUACCACCCCAGAAAAUGACCAGAGAGGACACCACAAGUCUACCUGUCUUGUAUCCUGUGUCAUUAAAAAAAUAAACAUGGAACCAAUGCCUCUCCCAUUUAGUGGGAAGGUUUAGGGUAUGUGAGACUAGAAAAGAACGCAUAGAGUCAGUGUAUGGUACCUUGAAAUUUUUUUUAAGAAAGUGACUAUCAUUCUUUUCUGGAAAAAUUGGUCAUUCUGAUUUCUUCUAAAAUUACCAAGUUAAAAAUAGGUAAAUCCCAGUUAAAUAUAUGACCAAUAAUCCUGUAUAACACUAGUAGGAAUAACUAGUGUUUUAUUUUAAGAAAUGGAUGUACCCUAAACUUGGGGAAAAUGUCAGAACUAGAAUAUUUUUUUAUCUGUUAGAUUCCCAUUGCAUAUGACCGUGCAAAGGAGUGAACAUUACAUUAGAUUAUGUUCGGUACUGACAAAGUCUACAAGUGUUUUGUUUAAUUUGGUUGGCAUUACAGAAAAAUACCAGUGCAAAAGUGUUACAAAUUGUAGAAACAUUAUUCAUACAUAGAGACUAAAAGAGGGACAUGCAAGGAGUUUGAAGCAUGUAAUGGCUCAGGCAGUGAAAAGAUUAUGUACUGGUUAUGCUUACCAGGCAGGUUGCUAUGGGUCCUAAUCUUCCGAGUUCAAUAUAAACUACAAUUAUAUUUUUUACAAGACAUUAUAUUCUAAGGUGA